AUGAUGACAGGUAGAGCCAGCUUGAUUCUCCUUUUUCCCAUUGAAACCACUCCCCAAGCAGGCGGUAUUGAGGAAACGGCUCCACCUGCAGUCACCCCACCACAACUACCACCACCACCACCAUCGGGGAUCCUGACGACUUUUAAUCCUUCUCCAAAGGCGGAAACGCUUCCUUACUGUCGCAGCUUGCUUCUCAAUGAAAACAGUCCAGUGCAAGUGCACAACUGA